AUGUCUGAUGUUAAAUCUGUGAAUGUGCCUCUUGCUUCCCACUUUGUGUUAAGUAAGGAUCAGUCUCCUAAGACUGAAACUGAAAUAACUGAAAUGAAGAAUGUGCCUUAUUCUAAUGCUAUAGGAUCUGUCAUGUAUCUCAUGAUUAGUACUAGAUCUGAUAUUACAUAUACAGUUAGUUGCUUGAGUAGAUUUAUGUCUAACUUUGGUAUGCCUCAUUGGAAUGCUUUGAAAUGGCUUUUGAGAUAUCUAAAAACCAUUGUUGAUGUUGACUUGACUUUCUUUAAGUGUUCUCUAGGUACUAAGUUGGUUGGUUAUGUGGAUUCCAAUUAUGCUAAUGAUAGGGAUAAUAGAAAGUCUACUACUUUCUGUUUACUUUGUGUGGCUCUUGCAUAA